AUGGGAUUGAAAUUGUUCAAGGGAUCUUCUGAUUCCGAGAAGCUGCAACAAAUUGAAGUGGUUAACAAAGAAUAUGAACUUGAAUCGAUUAGCUCAGCUGAAAAGCUAGACCAUGUGUUUCAAGACCCAAUAGUUGCAGAACAUUACUCGAAAUUAUAUGAAGCUUGUGAUUAUGAAUGUAAGGAUUGGUUUGAUCCUGAAUUUACUUGGACUGCGGAAGAAGAUAAAAAAGUUGUGUGGAAAAAUGACUGGUAUGUCACUUUUUGGGCCUUUUUUAUGUUUACUGCGUUAGAUUUUGAUAGGAACAACAUAUCGCAGGCAUUAUCGGAUAAUAUGCUAGAUGAUCUAGGACUUACAACUAAUGACUUCAACGUUGGCAAAACAAUCAAUCUAGUCUGCUUUUUGUCAGCAGAAUUACCAUCCCAGUUAAUCUCAAAGAAAAUUGGACCAGAUAUUUGGAUUCCAUCGCAGAUUGUAUUAUGGAGUGUUGUUUCUAUGGCACAAGCUGCUAUUAAAGGUAAGGCUGGUUUCUACAUCACUAGGGGUCUUUUAGGAGCUCUCCAAGGAGGUUUCAUCUGCGAUAUUUGCUUAUGGAUGUCUUACUUCUAUACAUCUAAAGAAUUCCCGUUUAGAUUGUCUUUGUUUUACAUUGCAAAUCCUAUGACUUCAGUUUGGUCUAGUUUAUUAGCAUUUGCAUUAUUGAAAAUCAAAACUAGUUCAAUUCCUGAGGGUUGGAAAUGGUUAUUCCUUAUUGAAGGUGCAUUUACGUUACUUGUUGGCUUAAUAUCCUUCUUCAAAAUGCCAGCUUCAGCCGUUCAAACAAAAACUUGGUUUCGUAAGAAGGGUUGGUACACAGAUAGAGAAGAGAAGAUAGUCGUCAAUAGAGUCUUACGUGAUGACCCAACUAAAGGGGAUAUGAAUAACAGACAACCGGUUAGUCCCAAAGAAUUGGCUGCAAGCUUAUUAGACUAUGAUUUAUGGCCUAUAUAUUUUGUCAGAAUAUUAGGAGAUAUUGGUGCAACACCUACUAGUACAUACAUGACGUUGACAUUAAGAAAGUUAGGGUUUUCAACGUUUAAUACUAAUUUAUUAACAAUUCCAUUCAAUGUCCUAACAGUUAUCACGAUGCUUGCAGCUGGUUAUCUAUCGGAAAUUUUUAAAAGUAGAGCCUUAGUUCUUGCUUCUGUUCCAGUAUGGAUUCUUGCUUGUUUAUUUCCACUAAGAUACUGGCCGGGUUCACAAAUUAAUGUAUGGGGAACUUAUGCUAUUCUUACUAUUCUUCUUGGAGCUUGCCCAAUAUGGCCCUUGUCUAUUUCUUGGUGUUCUGCCAACUCGAAUUCAGUUAGAAAUCGUGCAGUCUCUGCGGCUUUAGUUAAUAUGUUUCUGCAGUCCGCCGGGAUCAUCUCGGCAAAUAUUUAUAGAGCAGAUGAUGCCCCUGCUUAUCAUAGAGGAAACGUUGUGUUGAUUGGAUGUGCGUUUGGGGCUCUAGGUGCUUGUAUCUUAGCUAGAUACUACUAUAUUUUCCGGAACAAACAAAAAGAUAGAGCAUGGAAUGCACUUACAAUUGAGCAACAAGAGGACUAUGUUAAAAAUACUUCAGACCAAGCCAAUAAGCGUCUUGAUUUUAAAUUUGUCUACUAG